AUGGGUCACUUAAAUGACCGCUGCAUCCAUUUCAAUAUCCCAAUGGACGACAAGUCUGAAUCUCAAGAGCCGUCAUCCAACACCGGUGACACUUCAAGCAUGAUGUAUUUUGGGUUUGGGGCUCCGCCUGUGCAUUCAGAGGUUGACAUGGCAGGUGCACCGUCGGCACCGCCAUAUCAGCUCAACUUUGGGUAUGAACCUCAACCCACACUGCCAGACCAACUGGCCUUUAACUUCGGGUUUGACACUAACCCCAAUGUUUCACUCUCAUCUCGCCCAGCAGCUGCGAAGGCUGACAUGGCGGCUGUGCUGCCAAGACCGCCAUACCAGCUCAACUUUGGGUUCGAACCUCGGGAACACACCCCACCAAUCCUCCAACCAGCUUUCAACUUUGGGUUUGACGCCGGCAUAGAGCUUUCAUCCACACCUCCUCCAGUAGCUCGGCCAAUAUUGGACUUCGGCUGGAACACACCAGUUGCCACAAAUGAUCCGGUCACACUGGUUAUGACACCAUUCAAUUUUGGAAUGGACUUAGAUGCCACUCCACAAUGGUCAGCAACACCACCUGUCAUCCCCACUCCUCCGCCCCCAAUGCCAAAGCCAGCCUUCGACUUUGGUUGGAAUCUAUCGCCAACACCUGUGCCAGGUCCACCACUUCAUGUGGGAUAUGAUCUCUCCAAUACAUCAUUCCCGUUCAAUUAUCAAAUCCCUCUGGCUGAAGUGGGAGAUUGGCAACCUCUUCUGGUGAGGGCGGCCAGCCCAGCAACCUCGCCGCCCGUUCCCACUCUGAUGGACGUGGCAUACACACCAAAGGGCCUGCCAAAUGUGGAGCUCAUGUUCCCGAAGAAAUGCACGCCAAUUAGUUCCGCUGAUUCAUCUGAACCUCGGCCUUCCCUUUUGAGCAUUUUCGGUGAUGCUGAGAAGGCGGCGAUCAACAUAGUCGAACACCUUGGAGGAGAUGAAUUUGAUAAGCUUGCGCAGUUAAUGCUUGGCAGCAUAGUCAACCCUGGCGAUAAUGUCCGGUUUCCCAAGCCCAAUGAAGUCCUGGACAGCAACCGGGUCAUAUUGUCGGCAUUCUGUGAGAGCAGAGAUAAAUUGACCCAGAUUUUCAAAGAUUUAAUCCACUUGCAUCACAUGGCAGCGGUGCAGGCCAGAGUUGUUCCAUUGGUGGACUCUCUCUCAAAAGAGGUGCAGAAGGCAGAGGGAAAGUCUGGCAGUGACUAG